GUGGAAUGAAUAUCGAUAUAUCGACUAUGGACAAUAUCGACUAUGAAAGUAAUAUCGACUAUGAAGAUAAUAUCGACUAUGAAAGAUAUAUCGACUAUGAAAGAUAUAUCGACUAUGGAAGAUAUAUCGAUUAUGGAAGUAUAUUGACUAUGGGAUUAAAUACAAUAUCAACUAUUAGAAAAUAUAUAUAUAAAUUUAAAAAAUAAGGUUUUUAUUUAUUUUAUUUUAUUUAUAUAGAGCAAAGUUAUUAUUUUUUUAAAAAAAAAAUCCAAUAUUUCAAGAAAAUUUUUCGUUGUAUUCAUAAAAAUAUUAUACUUGAUAGAAAAGAAAAGAAAAGAAAAGAAAAAAAAAAUAAAUUUUUUUAAUAGAGGAAAGAAAAAAUAAAAUAAUACAAAAUAUAUAUUUAUUUUAAUACAUUCGGAAUGGUUUUUUUAUUUUGUUUUUUUAUCGAUAAACAAUAAAAUACAUACGUAAGACGUAAGAUAAGUAAUUGCGGAACGUAAAAAUUUUUUAAGAUUUGUGAAUGUUUGUUUUAAAAAAUCGUUUUAAUAAUAAA